CCCUCGCGCGCCCGGGGCAAAAGGGACUGUCCUCAUGACGUGAGAGGUUGUGCAAUUCGUGCUUUUCCGGUUCUGCGCGUUGGGCUCGUGUCUUGUGCAUCUGUUGUUGGAGACCCUUGCUGCAACCUUGCUUUUAAGGUACGAUGUCGGGGCGGAAAGUUGCGCUCGUGACUGGCUCGAACAAAGGAAUCGGGCUGGCGAUUGUGCGCGCGCUGUGUAAGCAGUAUGACGGGGACGUGUACCUGACAGCGCGAGACGUGGGGCGCGGGACGGCGGCCGUGGAGGGUCUGAAAAAAGAAGGACUCGCGCCCCUUUUCCGUCAGCUGGACAUCACGGACCCGGGCAGUGUGCGCGCGGCGCGUGACUUCUUCAAAGCGGAGUACGGCGGCGUGGACGUGCUCAUCAACAACGCGGGGAUCGCCUUCAAAGUGGCUGAUAAAACUCCGUUUGGGACCCAGGCUGAAGUGACACUCAAAACGAAUUUCUUUGCCACCAGAGAUAUGUGCAAUGAAUUCCUCCCUAUCAUCAAGCCAGGAGGCAGGGUGGUGAACGUUUCCAGCGUGAUGGGUUCCAUUGCUCUGGGCCGCUGCAGCCCGGACCUCCAGGCUCGCUUCCGCAGUGAUGACAUCUCCGAAGAGGAACUGGUGGGGCUAAUGGAGCGUUUUGUGAAAGAUGCUCAGGGGGGCAUGCACACCCAAAAAGGCUGGCCUGAUACAGCGUACGGAGUGUCCAAGACCGGCGUGACCACCCUGACCAGGAUCCACACCCGGAAACUGACCAAGGAGAGACCUGGGGACGGGAUCCUGUUGAAUGCCUGCUGUCCAGGCUGGGUCAGGACUGACAUGGCAGGACCAAAUGCCACAAAAUCUCCAGACGAGGGCGCCAUCACUCCAGUCUAUCUGGCUCUUCUGCCAGCCGGGUCCAAGGAACCCCAUGGGCAGUUUGUGUCAGAAAAGACGGUACAGCCGUGGUGAACAUGUGUGUGUGUGUGUGUGUGCUUGAUCAUAAGCCACUUUGGUGCAUAUAUUAUCUCUCUAAUAUGUUUAUAACUAUAAGCACUUUAGCUGAUUACUAUAAAUGACACUAGAUGAGGGGUACUAUUCUAUUUUUCUAAGCAUGACUGUUAGUUUAUCAUUAGAACACUAAUUGCCAUCAAAUAAAACAAUAAAAUCUGAACAGUUCACACAACCAGACCAACCUGAUUCGAGACAAAUUAACAUCCAAUAAUGUCAUGAUCAGUACAUUUUUGCCUUUUUCUGCAUAUUGUGAAUGUGUUCAUAAUUGCACAAUUUAUAUAAAUAUGGCAUGUUGACUAUAAAUUAAUAAAUAAAGAUUGUUUGAAUGAA